AUGGACAACUCUAAAGAUAUCCAAUCCUCAAAUCAGCCCCAAAUGAUAAAUAUCUGUAGAGAAUGUCUCACAGAAAAUGAAAUAAAAUCCAGAUAUCCAAUCAGAUGCAGAGAAUGUGGAUGCAGAACAAUUUACAAGAAAAAGACUAAAAGACUGGUGGGUUUCAAUACUCGAUGA